UACAAACAAGUGCGAAAAAGUAUCGAGUUUGUUUGCGCUCCGUGCGAUAUGCGCUGUGUUUAUACGUGCACGUAGUAGUUGCUUUUAUAUGCGUGAAAAUGCAGCAUUAUAUGCGCGCAUACGUUUGCAUCGCCGUGGCACAUAGCCCAGUGUUCGUCUACCUCUCUUUUCCGAAUCUCGUGUACUGAAUGUAAGUGCAGUGUGUACGCGUAUGUGUCUGUAUCUGCGUGUGUACGUAGACGUGUAUACAGAAAUAUAAUAAGUGUGCAUUAUACACGUACAGAUACGUAUACCGCACUGCUAAACAUUACGACAUUGUCAGUGUGUGUGGCGUCGUCGCGACGAAAAAGCAAUUGCACCCGUAUCAUCAUAACAACAAUCGAGAAAAUGCCAUUAAGGAUGCUUGUACGGCUGCUGCUGGCUUCUGCACGAUACCCGAGCGCUAAUUAUUAUUACGGAUAAAUGUUUCAUUCAAUUUAUCGUGUCGCAGCGCGCAGCAAUUGAUCGUCAAUGAAGACGCUACGAUAAUACGAGAGCUUACCUCUACACGUACUAUCUGCAUAUACGCAACGUAUACAGGGCUGCAUUGCGAGUCAGUGUCAGUGCGCGCGAGCGGCUAUGCACGCGUUGUUUUGGCCUUCCUCGACGAUUUUUCAUCGCUUUGCAGCAGCAACACGACAAAACGGAGUUUAGGCUCGCAGGACUUUAUCGCUGGCUGCUCGAGGCCGCAAGCGGUCGUCCCGACAAUCAACAUCGGCAGCAGCAACAGCAGCAGCAGCUCGCGAAUGAAAAAACUCGUGGGCAGCGAGAACUCAAAGUCGAUCAUCAAAAACGUACGAUGGAGCAGUCACAGGCUGCUACUUCUUCUGAUAAUGGUGGUGAUGGUGGUGGUGGUGACACAGAAGAAAAAGAUGCAUCAGUAUGUGCAGGGUGUUUCAAUACCAUUGAUGAAGAUGAGUUUAUUCAAGCCCUGGGUCAAGAAUGGCACAUCGAUUGCUUUCGGUGUUCAGCGUGUGACGAUGCUUUAUCUUCUUGGUAUUUUGAAAAAGAUGGAUUAUUAUUUUGCAAGGAAGAUUAUUGGGCAGCUUAUGGAGAAGCUUGCCAAGGCUGUGGCCAUAUCAUCACUGGUCCAGUAAUGUUAGCUGGAGAACAUAAAUUUCAUCCGGAAUGUUUUGCUUGCAACUCCUGUGGUACCUUUAUUGGAGAUGGAGAGAGCUACGCACUUGUAGAAAGAUCAAAGUUAUACUGUGGAGGGUGUUAUCAACUUCAAAUGCAACCUCUAAAUAAAACAUCUAAAUCAAACUAUCCAUUUGUAAGAAAACCACACAGUAUAAGACUGGUAGAAAUCCCUCCAAACACAAAUCUUCAAGAAAAACAGCGAAGAAUCAGACUGACUUUAGAUACUGCGCCAAGUAACCCAAGACCACACAGCGGUGGUGGUGCUUUAUUCAGAAUUUCAGAGUUAUUGAGAAAUGUUCGUGGAAAGAUCUGUAAGCUGUUGGCCUCCAUGAUGGAGGUUCUAUUUAGAUUAUGCUGCCACUUCUCUAAUUAUAGGCUUAAUAUGUCCAACGAUCUCAUGUCCUUGCACAUUGGAGAUAGAAUACUAGAAGUCAAUGGUACACCUGUUAAAGAUCAACCUAUAGAAAGUAUCGAAGAUCUUAUUAGAAAUUCCGAUACAGUUUUACAAUUAACCAUUGAACACGAUCCGGAUGCAGUAUCAUGUCGUCCGGCAGCAUUUUCAACGGCGCACUCUUCUACGAUUUCGCGAACUUCAACUCCCAAAACCAGUCCCGAUAGCAACAAGGAGCGUAUAUUUAAGCGUCGUGACGAGGGUUACAUCAGCAGCACCAGAAGUCGACCAUUACGCAGAACCAAGGAACCAAAACAAAAAGAACGAAGUAGCUCCAUGUCUAGAUUACUUGAUGGAGUGUCGCCAACGAGUUCAGCUUGCGAUUUAAGUCGAACGAGAUCAUUCAGGGUUGAACCAAAAAAUCAACGAAUAUUUAGGGCCAGUGACCUCGUAAAGGGUGAAUUAUUGGGCAAGGGAUUCUUUGGACAAGUUUUCAAGGUUACGCAUCGUGACACCAACGAAAUAAUGGUGCUCAAAGAGUUAUACAGGGUUGAUGAAGAAGCACAGAAAAAUUUUCUAAAAGAGGUCGCGGUGCUACGUUCGCUUCAUCAUAAUAACGUGCUCCGCUUUAUCGGGGUUUUAUAUAAAGAUAAAAAGCUACAUCUUGUCACGGAAUACAUCCCAGGCGGCACACUACGAGCUUUGUUACACGACACGAGCGAGUUGCUUUCGUGGGAUCAACGCACUUCCUUCGCCAAGGAUAUCGCCGCGGGAAUGGCAUAUCUACAUUCCAUGAACAUCAUUCAUCGAGAUUUGAACUCGCACAACUGCUUGGUGCGCGAAGAUAAGACUGUAGUCGUUGCUGACUUUGGAUUGGCUAGGAUCAUUCAAAAUGGCACUGCACCCGAACGAACUAGUCCAGCUGGUAAAUAUACCAGACGAUCAGAUGGUGAAUUGCGAAAUUCACGCAAAGAGCGAAAAAAGCGUUACACAGUUGUCGGUAAUCCGUACUGGAUGGCACCAGAAAUGAUGAAAGGUAAUAAGUACGAUGAAAAAGUAGACAUUUUCAGUUUCGGUAUAGUCAUGUGCGAGAUCAUCGGUCGCGUGCAGGCGGAUCCAGAUUAUUUACCUCGCUCGUCGGAUUUCGGCCUAAACAAGAGAGCUUUCAAGGAAAAAUUCUGCGAUAGCUGUCCUGAAUGUUUUUACACAGUCGCAUUUUUAUGUUGUGACUUAAAUCCAGACAAAAGACCACCAUUCGAAGUUAUGGGUCGAUGGCUGGAAGCUUUGGCUAGGCAUUUGUCUACGAAUACACCCAUGCCAGAUGGAUUAGAUUCAGAAAUAAAAAACUAUGCAGGCUCCAGUCCGAGUAACAGUGAAACGACUACACCCGAAGUGUUAAGCCCUCAAUUGAGGACCAUAACAGAAGGCCAGGUUCAUCAAGAAAAAAGAAGUAAAGGUUGCGAUGAUAGUACUUUGGAAUCUGAUUUUUACUUGAAAAGUUGUGAAGGCAAAGAAAAUGUAAAAGUGUCAGAAAAAAAUAUUCGACCAAUAGAUUCGGCAACAGGGCAGAACAUCAAUAAACCAUCCAAAAUUUACUCGAGACAAAGCAGCAAGACCAGUUGCAGUGACGAUUUAUCUGCUAUAGAAUCUAGACGCAGUGCCAAUUCUUCUCUUUGUAGCAAUUUAAAGUCCACUGGAAAUUUCACACAAGAAAAUUAUCCACCUAUUGAAAAAGUCAAAUACGUUGGCCAAGUUGAGGUAACACCUGUAGUUCCUACAUCCACUUCGAUCCUCAGUAGCAACGAACACAAGCGUUCCUCCUAUAGAGUACAUCGUGAAAGUGCCAAAAAAUCAUUGGAUGAUUCUACCAGCAGUGAAGUUUCUCAUUCGCGAGGAGAAAAUUUAAAUGCAAAAUUUAAAUCAUUAAAUUCUACGGGUAAUCUCGUUGGAAUAUACCUUCGUCAAAUCAGUAAGUCAAUAGUAACCACUUCUGACAAGGAGAACGCUUCGUCCAGUUCAUACAGCUCUGAAGUCGACGUUAAGAACAAGACGACCACUACUUCAUUAAGGCGGACAAAAAUAUCACCGACUCAAGAAUCACCAUUAAAAAGUGCUUUCACAAUUGAACCUAUGGAAAAUGAAACGACCGAGGAAUCGCCAAAACGAAAACAGAAGUUGAAAACGACAUCGCAACAGAGAAGAAGCAGUCGACGGAAAAAUCGAAGGAGAGGCAAAUCAGAUCUCGGUUACGUUGAAAGUUUCUCAUUUGACGAAUCAAAUUCCGAAACAGCCGAAAAAUCGAAAGAUGAAAUGAAAGAAGACGAAAAUGCCAAGCUGAUCGAAAAUGAUUUGAGUGAUUUCGUUCUUUAUGGGUACAAAAAAGCUGAACGUCAGGACAGCUUCGGUUCGGACAGUGCACUGGGUACGAUGAAAAGUGAUUUUUUCGCCGAUGUCGAUCUUGCCAAGAUUCGAGACGGCUCGGCAGCAAUACUUCAAGAACUUUGUCGAACCCCAGAACAAUGUCCACCAGCGUCGCCAUUUGAAAGCACGGCUCUUUGAGAGCAACGCGCACAUGAAAUAUAGCUGAAAGACUAAAGAGAUUGUACACUGCAUUAUUUUGGCUUGAUGUUUUUAAAAAGUUGUUCGACAAAUAAUGUUAUGAAGUCAGCUAAUGUUCAUUGCUUCGUGCUUAAAUUGUAAUUUUUCGAAGAUGAAUGCAAUAAUCCUUCAAGACUGUAUGAUAUUAAGAUUGAAUGUUACAAUUUAAAAUUUAAAAUUAUACUUUAUUUAUGAGAAAUGACUCUGAGCUAAGAAUCUCUAAAAGACUAAGUUCUGAGCAAACUAUUUUUACUGCUAGAACUAUGUAAGGUAGUUAGUUUACGAGAGAUUUUGAUUGAGGUAUUACAUAGUUAUUUUUCAGAUGUACAUUUUUCAAGUAGUUUUUUCAUAGUUUAUUUAAGUACAUCUUAUUUUAGCUUUAAA